GCGCUGCACGAAGGGAGGGACGGGGAGGAACGCGCCCUUUAAUAACGGGCUAAACCGAAUUUAACAAACACUGCACGGACUUCAGAGGCUUUUUGUUGUCGUAUUGAGUGCAGAAAAUACAAAGCAGAGCAGCAGUCCCCUGAGGAUAGACAGACCGACAGACCGGAGACACACGCAGGACGGCAGAGAGCCACAUUAGGCUCCCACACGAACCAAUUAACGUUAAUAAACAAUGGGUUGUUUACUUUGUUUCCAAUAUAACUUCGUCUCUGAAUGCGCCCUACUGGAGCAAUUCGCUUUAUUUUGUCUUGUUGAACCGGCUGGGCUCGUGUCUGACUCCAACCGGUUUGUUAUGGUGGACGUUUAGGAACAAAAUGUAUCGAAUCAUUUAGUGUUCUCUUCGUUUCAGAAUCUUCACAGUAGCCAUUAGCUCGUCUCACUUACCUUCAAAGUGUAGAUAGUGUGUCUACUGAGAGCUGCUAACACAGUUUAGGUUAGUGUGUCAGUGAGACCGCUGCAUCCAGCCAAUCCUCCCAGACCGGAGCGGAGAUAGUGGGGGAGCGGCCAACAAGUGCUGCCUUCAGGACACUCCCGGAAAUAUCAGACAUAUAAGUUUCUCAGUUCUGUUGAUGGCACUACACAACCCAGCUAAGAGGCUGCUGCAAUGCAGACUGUGGCCCAAAGAAGUGGACAUGGAGAGAUUUGGAGGGAAGCUAUAAUCACAAACUCAUGAAACCACCUCCCUUCUUCAUGUGACCAAAGGAGGGAGGCUCAGUAAUUCCAUUUAGAGAGAAGAAAGGAGGACGCAGUGAGGAAGAGAGAGUUGCUUGCGGUGUAGAGACCACAUUGAUUAAACGUGCUGUUUUUACAUGCUGCUGUAUUUAUCAAGAUGAAGGACCGACUGGCGCAGCUGAAGGAGAAGAGUGAUGCUCCAGGGGAUGCUGUCGAGGUUUCCAUGGAGAGCGAGGCCUUUAUGGAUGAUUUCUUUGCUCAGAUCGAAGACAUCCGCACCAGCAUUGACAAGAUUGAUGAGAGUGUCACAGAAAUAAAAAAACUCUACUCCACCAUCCUGUCAGCCCCCACAUCUGAGCAGAAAACACAAGAUGACCUUGAAGCCCUCACCAAUGAGAUCAAGAAGUCAGCCAACAAUGCAAGAAACAAACUUAAGACUAUUGAGCGCCAGCUUGAGUCAAACACAGAUGAGAGGGCGUCAGCCGACCUCAGGAUACGCAAAUCACAGCAUGCUAUCCUGGCUAAGAAGUUUGUGGAGGUGAUGACAAAAUACAACGAGGCCCAAGUUGACUUCAGAGAUAAGAGCAAAGGACGAAUCGCCCGACAGCUGGAGAUCACGGGGAAAGCAACGACUGAUGACGAGCUGGAAGAGAUGCUGGAGGGAGGAAACUCAGCUGUCUUCACUGCCGGGAUCAUGGACUCUAAGAUCAACCAGCAGGCCCUGAAUGAGAUUGAAGCUCGUCACAAAGACAUCAUGAGGCUGGAAAGCAGCAUCAAAGAGCUCCAUGACAUGUUCGUCGAUAUCGCCAUGCUGGUUGAGAACCAGGGUGGCAUGAUUGACAGAAUUGAGAGUAACAUGGACCAGUCGGUGGGCUUUGUAGAGAGAGCAGUGGCUGACACCAAAAAAGCAGCCAAAUUCCAGCAGGAGGCCCGCAGGAAACAAAUGAUGAUCUUCUGCUGCUGUGUGGUUCUGGCCCUCAUCGUCGGUUCGUUUCUCUACAGCUUCAUCAAAUAGAGGACGUGAACGAGUCCACACACAGUACAGGAUGAGAGGCAGGGCGGAACCGCUCUCUCACGGUCGCAAAGCAGAGCCUGUGCUCACUUUACUGUCACCUCGACUCAUUCAAAACAGAAAUAGAGGCCGAAAAUAUUUGCAUUCAUUCUCAGUUAUUUCUCAGUGUGUUAUGACAACUUUUUUUAACCGUCUCAGAUCCACAUUUAAAAUUCAGUGUCAGUGCAGUGUCUGGAUGAUUAAAGUUAAAUGGAGCUUUGAUGAAUAAGGUAUAAGAGGAGCUUCGAAUAAGACUCAAAGGCAAUUAGUUUGGAUUUAUCUGCCUCAUACAGAUUUAGAUCAGUAUUCUUGGACAGCUGCAGAACUCAUGGAGGGCCAUAUCACCCCAGAAUAACCACCGUUGAACCAACAGAACUCUAGUUCCAACAACAACCUGAAUAUUAUAGGCUGCAUAAAUGUGAGCUGUACUGUAGAGCAGAUAGAUUGUAUAGCAGUAGUAAUGAAGUGUAUCGCCCAACAAGCUAUCAAGAUGAAGGAUCAAAGAACACGUAACAUAUGAGCAGUGAUUUCUUUCUUCCCUGACUUCAGCAUAAUUACUGGUGCAGCAUGAGUUUGAAUGCUAAUAGCUGCAGAGUGGAAACGUUCACCAGACAGUGGCACCAGAUUAAAGGUGAACGAGUCGCCAAGAUAUUUACGUUUUACUUACCUAGGGGCCAUGAAUACCUACAGCAAAUAUCAUGCUAAUCUGGCAGCUAGCCUGUUGUAGCUUUGUCCAUUUUUAUCAUAUGAAACAAGAGGAUUUCUACAUUUCACCUGUGUUUCCCAGUCUCCCUUUAAGAUUCCUGACAAAGCUCUCAAACCUGGACGUAUUUCUUAAGUGAGCUUCUAUAGACUAAAAGACACUGAUAAAUUGUUUGGGUCCACCUUCACAAAUACACUGAAACUGAAAAACUAAGGAGACAGGAAUGUUGUCAUAUCCAAGAAAGAACUGAAAAUGAUUCUAAAUGAAUACCAACUGAAUGCAGUGUAAGUGAAGCUGUGACCUCUGACAGGAACCCCUGUACUACCACACUGCCCAUCAUCAUGAUGCAUAUCUAUGAAGUCCGUAUCCUAAGUAUUGAGACAGCUGUUCCUAUUCUUUUGUACAUUUGUUGUUAUUUGUGUUUUGAUGUGGAAAUCAUACCACUGUGCCAGUACUUAUGCUAUCGACUGCAUCUAAUGAUACAACUCAUAUCAUGUUUGUGGAUAAGCACCUGCUAUGACUCCAUAGUGGGCCUUUAUUCAAAUCACUUUUCAAUUUAAUGAAGGAAGAAAGUCACUUUCUUUAAAAAAACACAUAUUGGAGUUUUGAUGUUGAAAUGAUUAUAAGGUGACCGAUAGUAGACGCUGUAUGAGCUGAGAAUAGAAGUACAUUCUAAGGGUGUUAGAGUAGAAAUGGAAACAAACACAGCCCUGCUUCAUUUGAUUACACUGACACUGCCUUGGGGGUGUUUUACUGCUUUAGGUCUUCGUUGUUUGUGUGUUUAUUACAAAGAUUGCUUUCAUUUUUAAUAUGUGUGUGUGUGUGUGUGUGUGUGUGUGUGUGUGUGUGUGUGUGUGUGUUUGUGUGUGCCCCCCCCGUCCUUUUUUUAAAGACUACAGCUAUAUUUCCAAAGAGGCUGUUCUUGUUUCAUGCCAUGGUCUGGCUCUGGUUAGUCUUCGAUGUUUGCAGCCUUCCUCUUUGCUCUGGAUCCACCAAUGCAGUCGGCUCCAUUGCAGGUGUGGGCAGGCACUGACACUGCAGCCCACUCCUGUAGUGUCAGCCUACU